AUGGCAGAAGCUGUGAUGGACGUCAUGGUAGAAGUCUUCACGCUACCACCCAUGCAAAGGCAACCCAAGAACUUUCAACAUCCCAACGCUAACCAGCCGCGACAGAAAGUGGCCCCUGCCUACCGUCAAGCGCCCGGGGAUAGCUCGCAUUCGGCCUCUGAAAUGCACAAGAAAAAACAGCGCACCGUCCGCGUACACAAGAGCCAGGUAAGCGGAGUUCCUACGAGGUGGGGCCGCAUUGAAAUACCACCGGUUGAAGAGAGGGUUUACCAGGAACACGUUACAACGGCGGUGUGGUCUGAGCUAGAAGUGAACGCCUAUCGACUCACAAACGAGAUCAUAGUCAGUGGGCGAGACGUACCGAAGCCAAUGCUAAUUCUCGAAGAGGCCAGCCUACCAAGAUGCUUAAGAGACUGGUUGGAAACGAAGAAUUGUCAUAAUGUCACGAGUAUUCAGGAUCAGUGCUGGUCUGUAGUAUUCAAUGGCAGGGAUGAUCUGGUCGUAGGUCAAUCUGGGUCGGAAGCAAAGGCCGUCGCCUACCUUGUCCCCGCCGUGGUACACGUCGUCAGCCAGCCUCCAUCGAAGUACGGUGACGCACCCGUCGCGCUUUUUGUCAUUGCUAACCGUGAGAUGGCUCGCGAAGUCCAUCGGCUAUCCUGCGAGAUCGAAGAGUACACGAAGGUUGGAGCCGCGUGUUCUUCCAAUGGCGAUUCCAAACAGCCGCUGCUCGAGGAACUCGAGAAAGAUCCUCCUAUAUGCAUCGCGACUCUCAGUCGUUUGGUCACCCGCUUAGCAGAAGGCAGCCUGGACCUGCUUCGUUGCACGUACGUGGUGUUUGAUGGAGUCGACCGUGUGGUGGUUACGGGGAUGGAAGAUCAUGUUCUGGCCAUCGAACAGUGGCUCCGUCCCGACCGUCAGACGCAGAUAUGGCUCAGCUCACGAACACAGGACGUGCAUCCGCUCUGCGAAGACCUGCUAGAAGACUACGUCCUGGUCAGCAUCGGGGUGAAGACGACACCUUCUGACCAGAGCAUCGAGCAGAUCGCCAUCGUAUGCGAGGAGGCAGAAAAAAACGAUCGACUCGUUACUGUUCUCGAGGACAUCCUCAAGGAAGAACGUCACAAAGUCAUCAUAUUCGUCGAAACGAAACAGACGGUUGACGACAUUGCGACCUUGUUGUUGCUUCGAGAGUGGCCCGUCGUAGGUGUUCACGGAAAAAAGAGGGACGACGAACUGGACGGGGCCCUUGCCGCUUUUCGGGGUGACGGGGCGCGCGUUCUUGUGUCCACCGACAUGUGCGAGCGAAAGUUGGAUGGAGCCGGAAACGUACGCUACGUGAUCAACUACGACUACCCCCGGAGCACGGAGGUUUACAAGAGGCGCCUGCGAUACGCUUCGGGCUCCGACGGCGUCGCCGUGGCGUACACGUUCUUCACGUCUCAAGAUAAGCGACACGCUUGCAAGUUCGUGUCGAUACUUCGCGAUGCGAAACAGGUCGUACCACGAGAGCUGAGAGAGAUGGCCAAAGGAACCGCACGAAAUCGCAGAGCUGGAGUUGGUUGCACUGGCAAACUCGGUGUUGUGUGA